UUUCAACCCUCUCUCUAAACUCAAGUCUCAACCUUAUCCUUCCUCCCACUUAUCUGGUGCUCCUGUGAGGGUGGGUAGCCAUGGCGUUUGCAGGGACAACCCAGAAAUGCAUGGCAUGUGACAAGACUGUGUACCUGGUGGACAAGCUCACUGCUGAUAAUCGCAUCUUCCACAAAGCUUGCUUCAGAUGCCACCAUUGCAAUGGCACCCUCAAGCUCAGCAACUACAACUCCUUUGAGGGAGUUCUGUAUUGCAGGCCACACUUUGAUCAACUCUUCAAGAAGACUGGUAGCUUAGACAAAAGCUUUGAAGGCACACCAAAGAUUUUGAAGCCACAGAAAACCAUUGAUGGUGAGAAACCAAUGGCUAACAAAGUAUCUAGCAUGUUCGUGGGGACCAGAGAUAAAUGUUUGGGCUGCAAAAACACCGUCUAUCCAACUGAAAAGGUUUCAGUAAAUGGAACUUCAUACCACAAAAGCUGCUUCAAAUGUAGUCAUGGAGGAUGUGUGAUCAGCCCAUCAAACUAUAUCGCACAUGAAGGUCGCCUCUACUGCAGACACCACCACACCCAACUCAUCAGAGAGAAGGGUAACCUGAGCCAGCUCGAGGGUGACCGACCUGGACAAGUCGUACCUUGAUCUUUUCUUUAAUUUGCUCUUGCCCUUGCCUCUUGGUGUGUACGCUAGCUUGUGAUGAUAUGAUGACUUUAUGAUGAUAAGAGAUGAAAGUCUGUUUUCCUAUUUCCUGAUGAUGAUAAGAGAUGGAUCAUUGAUGAUACGCUUUAAUUCCUUUUUUUUUUGUUGUUAUCUUAUUGUGGAUCAACUGUCCAUUGGAAUCUGAAAGAUUGUUUUGCUUCUUA